AUGGUUGCAGCUCCUUUCCUGCGCAGCUUUCCCCAGGCGGUACGAUCCAAUCGUCCAAGAGCAGCUGUUGAUGCUGCCAAACGCCUUGGGGUGAGGACAGGACGGACCACGAUCUCUGACAAAAUCUGUGUGCUUCGGAGUCAAUACGAAGCGAAGGGUUUCUCGACAUCUACAUCAAGAUGGCAAGAGAAAAUUCUGGACCGAACAAGGAACAUUGGUAUCAUAGCCCACAUUGAUGCAGGCAAGACAACCACCACAGAGCGUAUGCUCUACUAUAGUGGCUUUACCAGAAGGAUAGGGGACGUGGACGAGGGAUCUACAGUCACUGAUUUUCUUCCGGCUGAGCGUGCGCGAGGAAUCACUAUUCAGUCUGCGGCCAUUACCUUCCACUGGCCGCCAACUGCCGGGGAGAGUGAUAAGCAAGAAGUGCAGACCCCCAGAUCUGCGUCAUCACAUACGAUCAAUCUGAUUGAUACUCCUGGACACGCGGACUUUACAUUUGAGGUUCUGCGAUCGUUGCGCAUCUUGGAUGGCGCAGUCUGCAUACUGGACGGUGUAGCUGGUGUCGAGGCGCAGACGGAGCGAGUCUGGCACCAAGCAAGCACUUAUCGCAUUCCCCGGAUUGUCUAUGUUAACAAACUAGACAGAGACGGAGCUGCAUUUGGGCGGACGGUAAGAGAGGUAGGCUCCAGGCUGGGGGCCUUUCCGGCUGUGUGCCAGAUUCCCUGGUUUGAAAAUGGCAAUGGUCGCUUUGUCGGGGUAGCUGACGCGAUCAACCUACAAGGCCUUCGAUGGGAAGAGGGGGAUGGCAAGGUUGUCAAGAUGCUGAGCCUCGAGCAGCUAGAUGCUGAGGAGGCCCAACUCGGUAAGGAGCUCCGACGUGCCCGGAUAGCGCUUGUCGAACUGCUGAGCGAGCACGACGAGGCGAUGGUGGAGAAAUUCCUAGAAUGCGAUGAGAACCAUCUUGCCGUUCCUCCGCAGGACAUCUUGGAGAGCCUGCGUCGGUGUCUCCUCGAGGAGUCAGGAAGCAACAUCGUCCCGAUUUUUGCGGGCGCCAGCUUCCGCAACAUCGGAGUCCAACCCCUUCUGGAUGCCGUGGUGAACCUCCUUCCGAGUCCGCUCGAGGCCCCCGAUCCGGAGGUCAGCAUUGGAGGGGUUCAAGGAGGGUUGCAGCGCCUUCUCUCGGGAGAACUCCUUGUGGAGUCGGGCGAAAAGUCCCAAUCUCCCAAAGGCAAGCAGAGAAAGUCUGUCGCGCAUGCCGAGUCCCAGAAUGUGAUGAAGAACUUGCAAGGAUGCGCCCUGGCCUUCAAGGUAGUCAACGAUGCAAAACGAGGGGUUUUGGUAUAUGUGCGCGUGUACUCUGGAUCCCUGGACCGCAACUGCGUUCUGUUCAACACCAACCUGAAUGUCUCAGAGCGCGCUCCGCGCUUACUCAAGAUGUACGCCAACGAUGCGGUGGAAGUGGAUUCGAUUCCAGAAGGACACAUUGGUGUCGUGGUCGGCCUCAAACAUGCCCGGACCGGUGACACCCUCGUCUCCUACGCGGGGAACAAAGCGACACCUCCAAAGCCACUGAAUACAUUGCAGUUGCGACCCAUCAACGUACCGCCUCCCGUCUUCUUCGCCAGCGUAGAGCCACACAGUCUGAGCGAAGAGAAGAAGGUGCAGGAAUGUCUCGCGCUCCUAUUGCGAGAAGACCCUAGUCUGCAUGUAGCCGUGGACGAGGACUCCGGGCAGACCCUGCUGAGCGGAAUGGGCGAGCUCCAUCUGGAGAUUGCUCGCGAUCGCCUGAUCAACGAUCUCAAGGCCAAGGCAACCAUGGGUCGCAUCGAGAUCGGCUACCGCGAAACGCCUCUGGGCCCGUCCCCUGCCGUGACCAAGAUCUUCGACAAGGAGAUCGCCGGCCGUAAGGGCAAAGCCGGCUGCACGGCCCUAGUCGAGCCGUUCAACCGAGACACAUCACCAGCCCCAGAACCGGACGCUCUCGCUGUCGAGACCCGCGACGGGAACCAAAUCAUCAUUCUCGCCCCCGACCUCCAAAUCGAACACACCAAGAAAGGCACCGAGGAGAGCCCCUUCCUCCCGCCAGGCCUGGACGUACACACAUUGCGCACAGCCCUGCAAAACGGGUGUCUGGCUGCCCUCGCGCGCGGGCCCCAAUUCACCUUCCCCAUGCACAGCACCCGCGUUACGCUCACCCUCGACCCAGCCACACACAUCUUCGGCACCGACACCACCCCCUCCGCUCUCUCCGCCGCAGCCCGCCUCGCCACAUCCGCCGCACUCCGCGACCUCCUCCCCUCGCCCACCCAGCCCAGACCAGGAACCUCGCUUAUGGAACCCGUCAUGAACGUCAUCAUCAGUGUCGACGAAGCCAGCCUCGGCGCCGUCGUCCACGACAUCUCCGCCUCCCGCGGCGGCCACAUCAUCUCCCUCGACGAGGACAUCCCCAUCACAGCUACCGAUGCCUCGCCCAUGGGUGCGGGUGCCGAAGAACCCGUCAUCAUUGACCAGAGCCGGAUCUACGCCCCGCCGGAUCCCUUCGAGACGCCUUCCGUCGGCGUCGAGAUCCCUGCCGCGGUGAACCGGCCCCGCACCAUUACGGCGAAGGUGCCGCUGAAGGAGAUGGUGGGAUACCUGAAGCAUCUCCGCAGUCUGAGCGCGGGUCGGGGCACGUUUGUGAUGUCUGUCGAUCGGUUUGAGCUUAUGAGCGCGCAAAGGCAGAAGGCCGUGCUGGCGGAGUUACGCGGAGGCUUUUAUUGA